AUUAGAACAAAGAUGGACAGAUAAAAAUAUUGAGCAUCUCCAAGGAACCAGAAACCAGUAUAAAAGAAAAUAUGACAUGUCUCAGAAUUUUUUUUCUUUACAAGUGUCUGUUUGCAUUACCUGUUUGGAACCAUGUCAGCCUGUCUGUGGAAAGUGAGCUCUUUACGUCUGUUUCUAACAAUUUUCCAGAAGGUGGUUUUGACAAAAAAAUCAAGAACCAGCCACUCCUGUAUACAAAUAGUCAUCAGUCCAAAGCUAAUUUUGACUGGGUUGUGAUACAAAAUACUACAGAAAGCCUGUCAUUGUCAGAAAUCACAAAUUACAAUGUAAAAAAAUUAGUCACUUUAUUAUCUAAUUUCGGACAAGGCUCCAGGUUACAAAAUCUGACACUAACAAAUAUGUCAGUGGACUGGAAUGCUCUUAUUAAUGUUUUUCAGACUGUAUGGCACUCAUCCAUUGAGUAUUUCAAUAUUAACAGUGUAACACAAUUGUCAGACAUCGAAAGAUGUUACUUUAACUAUUCAGGUACCUCUAUGAAAGCAUUGACGAUGAAGAAAGUUAUAAUCACAGAUCUGUACUUCACACAAGAUGACCUAUACAGAAUAUUUGCAGACAUGAAUAUUGCAGCCUUGACAAUAGCUGAAUCAGAGAUGAUACAUAUGCUGUGUCCUUCAUCUGACAGUCCCUUUAGAUAUUUAAAUUUUUUAAAGAACGAUUUAACAGAUCUUCUUUUUAAAAAAUGUGACAAAUUAAUGAAACUGGAGACAUUAAUCUUGCAGAAGAACAAAUUUGAGAGUCUUCCCAAGGUAAGCUUCAUGACCAGCCGUAUGAAA